AAACAACUUAUUACUGAGUGUAUCAGUCUCAGCAACCUCCUGGUUUUCCUCAUUACAAGUAAUAGGCUCACUUGGUAAGUAUGGUUGCCUUUCAACUUGCUGCUUGCACUCUCUUGUUGACUGGCAAUAUACUUCAGACCUCUGCCUUAGAUACCUACAUUGCUGCUGUCUAUGAGCAUGCUGUUAUACUCUCAGGAGCUACAACAGCACUUGUCUCUCGAGAAGAUGCCUUGAAGCUGAUGAACAAAAAUCUAGACAUCUUAGAAGGAGCCAUCAAAACAGCUGCUGAGCAGGGAGCUCACAUCAUUGUGACACCUGAAGAUGGAGUCUUUGGCUGGGUAUUCACAAGAGAUUCAAUAUAUUCUUAUCUUGAGAAUAUACCAGAUCCUCAAGUCAACUGGAAUCCAUGCAUUGAGCCUGGAAGUUUUGGUUAUUCAAACCUUCAUAAUAUUAGGUUUGGCUCAGCACAAGUACAGGAGAGACUCAGCUGUAUGGCAAGAAACUACUCCAUCUAUGUGGUUGCUAACAUGGGGGACAAGAAACCGUGUAACUCCAGCGACCCGCAGUGCCCCAGUGAUGGACGUUAUCAAUAUAACACAAAUGUGGUAUAUGAUUCAGAAGGAAAAUUUGUGGCACGUUAUCACAAGUACAACCUUUUUGCAUCUGAAAUCUACUAUAACUAUGCCAAGGAUCCACAGUUUGUUAACUUCAACACACCCUUUGGGAAGUUUGGUGUUUUCACUUGUGCUGACAUGCUUAAUUUUCGUGAACCUGCUGUAUCGCUUGUGGAAAAGUUCAAGGUGGACACUGUCCUCUUCCCAACUGCUUGGAUGAACACUCUGCCACUUUUGUCUGCUGUUCAGUACUAUUCUGCCUGGGCUAUGGGGAUGCGCAUCAACCUCCUGGCAGCUAAUAUUCACAAGCCCAUGUUCGAUAUUACUGGGAGUGGUAUCUUUGCACCUGAUGGUCCCAAAGCAUAUCAUUUCGAUAUGGAAACAAAGCAUGGCAAACUCCUGCUUGCUGAUCUUGAUGUCCACCCACGCCUUUCCCCCACAUAUCCUCCUCCUGUUAAUUGGAGCUUAUAUGCUUCAAGCAUCAAGCACUUCUCCCCAAGGAGCCAGGUGUUCAAUGCAAACAUCUAUUUUGAUAAUUUCACUUUCACAGAACUAUCCCAAGAAGCUGGAAACUAUACUGUGUGCCAUAAGGGCCUCUGCUGCCACCUGAGUUACAAGAUGACUGAAAAACUAGAAGAUGAAAUUUAUGCACUGGGGGCUUUUGAUGGACUUCAUAUAAUUGAAGGAGAAUAUUAUUUGCAGAUAUGUACACUUCUGAAGUGUAAUAGCACAGAUGUGAAAUCAUGUGGGCAACGAGUAGAUACAGCUCAGACAAGUUUUGACUCCUUUUCUCUCAGUGGCACAUUCAACACUAGUUACGUAUUCCCAGAAGUCUUGCUCACUGAGACUCAACUGGCUCCAGGAGAAUUUCAGGUACUGACCGAUGGACGUCUCAUUAGUAAAAGGAAAUUAUCAAAGCCCGUCUUAUGUGUGGCUCUUUUUGGAAGAUGGUAUCAAAAGGACUCCCCACAUCCUUUAUACAGUUCAUCAUGAGAUUUUCUUUUGUUCUUUUACUUCUUUUUCACCUAACCAGAAUUCACUCAUCCAUUCAAUAUAGUUAUGUCUCUUUUCCUGAACUUUGGGAUGGGGUGAUGAUUUUUGCAGAGCAAAGGCUAAAAAAUACUACUUUCAGGGCAAACUUAACUGAUGGUAUUAGGAACAGUUGUGUAAUUGUUAUGGCAUAGAUCAUAACCAAAUGUAGGGGAUGUUGAGUAAGGAAAUCUAUUUGCUUUAUAUUUUAUUAAAGAUGUUCCUUUGCAAA